AGGAGUUAGGGAUGGAAAUCUCGACAUAUUCGAUGUCUCCCUCCUCUUCGCGCUCAGGGGGAGCUGAGGUAAUAAUUCGCUUGUUAAAAAUCCGUCUCGCGAUGUUUAAGAACAAACCACGCACCAGGAGUUAGGAAGGAAGGCGAAGUCUCGCGAUAACCGGUCGUGGAUCUUGGCUCAUCUCUUGACCGCCAGGUAGUGACUGCUGUGUGCGAGUGGCGGUCUCAUUCUUCUCACCUUACCUACCUGCCGGUUUCCUCAUGAGGCCGUUCGGCAGGCCGGCGCUUCCUCUGUCUUUCUCUCGGACUGCCGCCAUUUAAGAACGCGGCGCAGCAGACGGAAGGUGCAACGGGAUAGCGGGGGUCUCUCCACAUCCCCCAGCUCGGUCCGGUGGCUGAUGAGGAAUGUGCUGUGACCAUCGAAAUGAGUUGCACAAUUGAGAAGGCCUUAGCUGAUGCAAAAGCUCUAGUGGAGAGAUUGAGAGAACAUGACAAUGCAGCAGAAGCUCUGAUUGAACAAACUACAGCUCUCAACAAACAAGUGGAAGCAAUGAAGCAGUACCAGGAAGAAAUUCAAGAGCUUAAUGAAGUAGCAAGACAUAGACCCCGCUCUUCACUGGUUUUGGGUAUUCAGCAGGAAAACAGGCAGAUCAGAGAAUUACAGCAAGAAAAUAAAGAACUGCGUACUUCACUUGAAGAACAUCAGUCUGCCUUGGAGCUAAUAAUGAGCAAAUACAGAGAACAGAUGUUUAGAUUGCUUAUGGCUAGCAAAAAGGAUGAUCCAGGUAUAAUAAUGAAGUUAAAGGAGCAGCACUCUAAGGAACUUCAAGUGCAUGUGGAUCAAAUCACAGAAAUGGCAGCAGUAAUGCGAAAAGCUAUUGAAAUUGAUGAGCAGCAAGGCUGCAAAGAACAGGAGCGCAUUUUUCAGCUUGAGCAGGAGAACAAAGGACUGAGAGAAAUCUUACAGAUCACCAGAGAAUCGUUUUUGAAUCUUAAGGAUGAUGCAUCAGAAAGUACAUCUCUUUCAGCAUUAGUAACAAACAGUGACUUGAGUCUGAGAAAGAGCUGAAGAUCCUCUGGAAACUCUGUAUAGCUACUGCACAUAAUAGCGUAAAGUAUCAGGGUUCACUUGUCGAGCCUAGUACAGCAUUACCAAGUUAAUGCAUCCUAGAGCAGAUGAGUUUGAUAAAUUUUUACCAUGUACAGAACAUUAAAACGACUUAUUUAAAAUUGCCAUUAGUGUCCAAUGUUAAUUGCCAUAGAUAUAAUUUCUGUAGGAAACUGUCUGAUGUUGUCAGUAGAAAUUUUAUAUGGAGCCAUGCAGAAGAGCUGACAAAUUAGGUGCACUAUUUAGAAAGUCAAAACUACUGUUCAUGUAGGUUACAUAAAGAUAUACAUAAGAAUAAAAGUUGUGCUCCAGGGCUUAUUCACUGCAGUUCUGAUACCCUGUUGGAACUUGAGGGAAAUUGGUUCUGCAGGUUUAGCGAUUGGGCUAACUUGUAGGGCAUUGGCUGACACCUUUAGUACCCACCUAACCUGAGCAGCUUUAUAUUUUUCAAGUGGAUUGCGUUUUUUAACUGAAAUGAAUUAAUACUAAUGCACUUUUUUUUAAAGCAACCUCUCCUGGGAUGGGGUGAGGGAACUACUGCAAGUGCUAGUACAGUCAGCCGUCCUCAAUUUGCAGAACCAAGAAAAGCAGGAGAAAAGCUGGAUUUGUCUUACAUUUAGGAAAAGCUGCAGCAACUGCUGUUCACACUUAAAGAGACUGGUUACUAAAUAGGAUGUGGUCUAGUAUCAGUCUGUGCUAAUAGCAGCUAAUAGAAAUUUUGCACACUAAGUUCAUUUCUCACAUUAACUGCCUUUGAACAAAGACGGGGUAGUAGCCAUUUAUACUAGAAGUUGGAAAGAGCUGUUUGAGGCUUUUGAUAAAUUGAUUUCAGUUCAUAUUGCACCAAAUAACUUUAAAAUGCUGGCCUUACUUUUUUACUCUUAUCUAAAGCAAGUUAAGUCAGUCAGCCACACACCUAUUAGUAAACAAAACAGUAAUUGAAUUAACAUGUGGUUCUAAAUGUACUUUCUUGUAGAAUGUGCAUUUUACAAACAACCUUAUAAACUGUUCAAGAAUUUCAGAAUAUUAUUUUAGUAGUUAAAGAAUAAUUUUUGCUUUGCUCUUUAACACUUCUUUUGGCUCUGCCAUAAAUAAAACCUGGAUCCCAUCAUUUUGUGCAGUGUUCUGUGUGCCCCACAAUGCAGCAUCUUGUACCUGCUGAAAAGCCACUUUUCAGUAUUUGUUCAGGAUGGUAGAGAAAGGAGUGGGUGGCUACAGUUGGGGUGUGGGAUGGGUGACUUCCUCCUUCCCUAUAUUUGUGUAUAAGAUACUAGGGAUCUGAUCCUGAACAUAGAAAUGUUUCAUGCACUGAAACAAAUUAAGACUUCAUUAAGCGAUAACAUUUUAAGGCAUUUGGAAACUUUCUCUAAAGCAGAGCUAGCUGUUUACAAAUGUGAUAUGCUAAGAUGCUUGGCAAUGUGGUAGAAUUGGUAAAUUUGUUCUAAUAUGCUCAGUUUUCUUGACAUUUGCCAUGAAAUAAUGUUAAAGUUUUGGUAAAGAAAAGGUUACAUCCUUCAAGCAACCUAGCUCAAAGUGCAUACUUCUAAGUACUUUCGAGACUAUUCCCCAGUAUAAGCCAAUCUAACAAAAAUGGGAUAAAUCCAGACUUAGUUGAACUUAGGUUUAAACUGAUGUAACUUAUUCUAAAUCUAAGAAUUACAUCCCACCCACAUAUACUACAUAGACAGUUACAGCAGGAAUGUUGAUAAUAAUGGAGCAGCUAAACGGUGAGAGUUAAAACUUCAGUCUAAAUAUUAUAAAAUGAAGUGGGAUUAACUGCUUGAGUUAGUAUGACCCAACUGAAUCUGCCUGCAUGAUUCUGAACAGUCUACCCCAACUUUGGGGUACCAAUGUCUUGCUACAAUUCCCAUAAUCCCUGACCAUUGCCCAUGCUGUCCAGGGAUGAUGGCAAGUAAUAGUCGGAUAUCUGUAGAGCCAGUGGGUAAAGGCUGAUCUGUUUUUCUACUUGUUUCUAAAACAGGUACCUUAUUUUAGGCUCCAUUUAUAAGUAAUGUAACUAUAUUUAAUUGGUAUUAUGAGAUAGUUUUUAUAGCAUGCUAAUUUAUUUAUUAAUGGUACAGUGCACACUCAUCUGUUAAAAUACUUUCACAUGAACUGUAAGCAUGAAUACAAGACUAUUUGUAUAUCUGACAUUCCAGUUUUAAAAUUUGUCCUAGAUUUUACUUACACAGGGAUAAACACUUUUAAUAAGCUGUUGACGUGUGUGGCUAACUUCCAUCAAUUCUGCUAUAACUUCCUUUUGAAUAUAUGUCCUGGUGCCUCAAGUUACUUGUGCUGGCACUCAAAAGAACAUUGAGAGUGCAAGCCUAUGCAUGUUAAGACUGAAACUCAAACAAGUUCUGUAAUUCCCAGCAUGUUCCAGCCAAGAGGAACUGUAGAAACAUGCAUAGGAUUGCAUGCUAAGAGAUUCUCCAGUAAUUGAGAUACCCGGUAUCUUGAGGGGUUUGAAUCCUAAAAGGUGGCCUAAAAUAUUUUUUUCAGAUAAAUGAUUGAAGCAUUUAGUGGUCGUCCUAUGGAAAGAAACCUGUUCAUAAUUUGUAUUUAGACAUUUAUAAUUUGACUUUUCGAAACAAGCUGUAGAUUAAAGAAAAACUAGCCUAAGCACAAACUUUUGUACAACUUUUUUCUCCCUGUGUUGCAGAGUGGAAUUUCUGAAAGCUUUACUUAUCCCCUUUGUAAAUUAAAGGUUUUUUGUAAAUAGCUUAAAAAUGUAUUUUCUUUAUAUUUGGAGUAUAAGGAAGUAAUUACCUCUCUGGGAUUUGAUUCAGCACAGUCAAAAUGCAGUUUCCCCAGAAAUCUUAAGAUGUUAGUGUGGAAGUCUUCAAAGUGUAGAGGUUGUUACUUUGCUGGUAAUUCUUUAUGGAUAAAUGUUUGAUUAUUGACUUGUAAUUAAGUGUAAAUUAUCGUGACUGUUUAGUUCAAACUUUUGGCUGUUUAACAUUAUCCUCUUCUCUUGUCCAAACCAGUGUAACUAAAACUUUGAAUAACUUUCCUUUUGUGUGGCAUGACAAUUUUCUAUAUCAUUAUUUUUGUACUGCAGAUGCUUGGAAUUACCUUAUGGUUGAGAAUGCAGCCUGUACAGUAAACUUAUUUUUACCAGUAAA